CUACGUUAAACGUCAUUCAAGUAGCUGGACAACAUGGAAGUGGAAAACAUGUCGACAUCUCUUCAAUAUGUAAUCGUUAUUCUGACGGUUGUGAGUGUCUGUGUGUCUCGAAAACAUGAGUUGAAUCUUACCGAUGAUACAAGGAAAGUGGUUGAUGUCAGCACCUUUGGCUUCUUCAAGAAUGGUCUUCUUGCAGUCAAUGUAUCUGCAUUAGUUGUGAAAGAUCCAAAGCACGAAAAUCAAAGUAUUGGUUUCACGCUGGACAAAUCAAUCAGUGAUGGAGGUGCCUCUUAUUUGGAAGAACACGCUGAGACACAGUGUAUCUUGACAAACACAAAAGAUGUUUCAGAAAAUGAUUCCAUCUCGAAUGUCACCUUCACAUUCAACUUCACCGGUUUAACGCUGAAUGUCAAGCGUAUAGGAUGGAGUUUAAAACAACUUCACAUCUUUGAGGUGUCAGAUGAGCAACCAGAUUGCAGUAAGGAUAUGAAGGGAGAUUAUGCCAAUGGACGGAGAAGAGACACAGCAACUGCAGGACAGAAACAAGUGACGAACCAGAAACAAGACUCACAACCAGGCCAACUAUACAAUGAAACACAACCUUCUGUCAACCAGAGCUCACAAGACAUUCAUGUACCACUGCUCAAAUAUAUCCCCAUACAGGGAGAUAGAAAUGUCUUCAAUGCAAGUUUCUAUGUGUGUAUAAAGACCGAUUACGAGGAAGGAUUAUAUAAUCUGUUCUUCCACAACUGCAACAAGUCAAAACUCAGUCUCAUUAUUAGCGUCGUUGAGAUGAAUGCAGGAGGUAACUACUUAUCUGCCGGCGAUAUUCCUCUCCCAACUCUCUUUAUACUGGUGUCCUUUGUAUAUUUUGCCUCUGCCUGCUAUUGGUUCAUCUAUCUGCGCCAACACAAGGAGGACGUUUUCAAAAUUCACUAUCUCAUGUUCCUGCUGGGUGUUCUCAAGACUCUUUCACUCAUGUUUCAUGCGAUGGAUUAUCAUUUUAUUUCUGCGGACGGAUCACCAAUGGAAGCAUUUGCCAUCCUCUUCUACAUCACUUACCUGAUUAAAGGAGCAUUGUUAUUCCUGAACAUUGCACUAAUUGGUUCUGGUUGGGCCUUCGUUAAACCAAUCCUUUCAGAGAAAGACAAGAAACUCUUCAUCUUUGUCAUCCCGCUACAGGUGUUUGCCAACGUAGCCUACAUCAUCACUGACACAUCAGAAGAAGGGGAAUCUGAGUAUGCAACAUGGAAGACUGUUUUUGUCUUAGUCGACAUCCUUUGCUGUGUUGCUAUUCUUUACCCUGUGAUCUGGUCCAUUAGACACCUGCAAGAGGCAGCAACUACAGACGGCAAAGCGGCCAUAAGUCUGUCCAAGUUAAAGCUCUUCCGACAUUUCUACAUUUUGGUUGUUUGCUAUAUUUACUUCACUCGCAUCAUCGUAUUUCUUGUGAAAAUCAUCGUCCCCUUCCGCUACAUGUGGCUGGAUGAAUUCUUUUUUGAACUUGCCACUUACUCCUUCUUUGUUAUCACGGCUUACAACUUCCGUCCUGGAUCAGACAAUCCAUACUUCCAAGUUCCCAGCGAUGAUGAAGAUGAAGUUGAAAUGGAGGAAGUAUUAACAGAGAAUGGCAUGACAGAGGGACUGAUGAAGGUGCAUACUACUAACACAUCUACAACCAAGGCAGUUCAAAGAGAGGGGAAUCACACAUCAGCAUGAUCAGACAAGAUGCUGAUUAGAUGAGAGCUGUCAGGACUAAGUCUUGGUCUUCAACUAGACUUCAUCACUGUCAACAUCUUGCACAAACGUAGCUCUUGCCUUCAAUAGUGGGCAAUAUUUUACACUGAAUGGCUUCAGAAGAGCUCAGUGAGGAUUUUUCAACUUGAUGAAGCAAGUUGUUUGUGUAUCUGAGCAAAAUGCAGUGGUGCAUUUAGGAUCCGUAGUAUUGCGGAACGCAAACAGUGACUAAAGUGGUGAAUGACAAGGACUGGUGUAAGCAGCCAAUCAUCGUGAGAUUUGAUGGAUCUCAAGGCAGCUAGCAAUAUAGGUAUUUUAUAUCUUUGUUGCUUUGCAGCUGGAGUUGUUUAGAUUUAUUAUUAUGAACACGAUUGAACAGGAUAACUUGGACAUAAAAUACAUGCCAAAAGCAGGGUGUUUAUUUUGUUCUUCAAUAUGCAUCUACAUACACAUAUAUGGCACAAUGAGAUGGAAAUUACCUGUUAUUGCCUUUUACUAUUAAUGUUUGUUUGAGUCCGACAGUAGAUAACAAGUUGGAAGGAUAUUUUCUAAAAAAUCUGAAGUCUACUUUAUGCCAGGCAGAUGUUAUAAUUACCAUGCCAAAAUAUCCAGACCGAUGUAGUGUUACUGAAUCUGUAAUAAACGUAAGGUGCUAUUUAGAAAGGUAAGGGAAUUAUGCUGUUGUUUUGUUUUUAAAAAUUGUUAUUCAUGGUACAUGCAGUGUUCAGCAGAGACAAUUUUUCUUGAUAUGAAGCCAAUUAAACAGGAAAUGGUCAUCUUCGUUGCCAAAAAGUUUCAACAGUUACCCAACAUACAUUUCUUAGUGAUAAUCACUAUUGUCAAAAAGUGCCUUACCAUGGAAGUUCAAAUGAAUCAGAAUGAAAUAAGACAAACUUGUUUCAGCAGUGAUCAUUAAUUUUGUUUGUUUGUUUGUUUUUUUGUUAAUUUUUUUUUCUGUAUUAAGAAUUUGGUCACUUCUCUAAAUCUUUAAGAAAAUUGGUAAGAAAUGACUUGGUUACAGGAAGACUCAAGUUACACUGAAAUGGUUUGUGUGCUGUUUAUUAUUUAUAAAAUGUUUAGGGGUCUUAUACCAUACAUGAAUGUGUAUUACAUUAGAGCAUGAUAAUGUAUAUGUGUAAGGUCUUUUGCGCACAGUUAAACUGCAUAUUCCUAGCCUUCAUUAAAGAUAUCCUUUUAAUAUCUUUGUGUUGGAACAUGGAUUAUUGUUCAAAUUGUUCAGAUGUAUCAUUUGUAUAGGGCCAAUAUUAUUUAAAAACUGUAUUAACCUUUAAUAGACCCCUGUACUAAUGACACCACACUUUGUUUAUACAUGUAUGUGUGCUUUCCUAUGGUGCUCAGUGGACUAUGGACCACUGGCUCCAAAGGACAGUGCACCUGUAAACAAAAUGAGACAUCCUUAGUACACAGGCCUAUUCUAUUCAUUAGGGUUGUGAUGAAGCCUGGGUUAGUGGAUAGACAAUUAGUCAUCAAUACCCUCCACAUGACCUCACCUUACGGAAAAGAACCUGGAAGAGGAAGAACUGGAAGCAAGAAGUUUAAGCUCUUCACUUUUUUUCCUAUCACAGCCCUGGACACUGAAAGUGUCUGGAUGUGUUCUGAUCCUCCGUACACAUUUAUGAUAGGUGGGAAUUUUUGCAUUUUGAAUCAAUAUUGUAAAAAGUUGGAUGUGCAAAUUAUAAAUUCUAGUAUCAAAAUUGUUCCCAUUCUCCUUAUUUAUUACUAGUGUGUACAUGUACUCUACCAUAUCAGUUUUGUUUACUUCGCAUCAGUCCUCCAAAUUGUUCAAAUUAUCCCUUAAUACCACUUUGGAACACAAAUAUAUGUACAUUUAUAUACAGAGUUUGAAUGUACUGAAUACUGAAGUUGUGGAUCAAUGAGAUAUAAAAGUUGCUGUUGAAGUAUGAGAGAUUUUUGAUAUCCAAAACACCCGUGGUAUCCAGGGGAGAUGAUCCUAAGGUACAUGUAUGCAUUUCAAGGGUGAAAACCAACUUCUCUGCCCUCGAUUCAUCUGUCAACAAAUAGUUUGUUUGGGGGAAGAAUUAAUUUACUCAAAGCCACAAAAAUAUUGAUUUAAUGCCAACGUAACCCAGAUUUGAUGACUGUUGCACAGUCAGUUUUAUGACAGAAUAUAACACAUAUAAGAUAUGAUGUAAGACGUACAUGCACCAAGGAAUUUCGUGAAGUUAUAUAUACAUGUAAAUCAAAUGCACCAUUAGUCAAUAUACGUAUCUUAUUACACAUCACUUGAUUACAAACAUGCCAAUAAAAUGAUUUUUCUGUGCUCUAUGGCACUUUUGUUUGACCAACAGUUCAUUGAAAUGGCAUUGUACAUGUAUUGUGGUCUACUGAAAUGGAAUGCAGCUUGGGCAACAAUGACAGUUUUUGUCAACAUGUUAACAAGUAAGACAAACGUUACCGUGAAAUAAUUGAAUAAUCUUAACCGUUAACCUAUGAAUAACCUUAUCCCACACCACUUUGGUCAACAGUUGGUAAGGAAUGUAAAAUAUUGAUUUUUACAACUCCAUGUUUUUUGUCCUUUACUUAACAGAGGUAAUAAAUGUGUUGCUACAUGUAUGACA